UGUUGGUGAGCUGUGGACAGGGCAGGAAGGCAGCCAUGGUUCAUCUCCAGGAAACAGCUCUCUUGCCUCCACCAGCUGGAGAAGAGCAUACAGCCCACCCUGUCAUCUUUGAUCAGGUACAGAAUGGAGACCUUGGAUGAGUUUGACAACGAGUAUCCCCUCAGUGUAUCGUUUUGCAAGCUGAUUUCAUUAGAGGAAUUUGAGGAGCAGUCUUUGUCCUACACUCAGCAAUGCCUGCGUGAACUGUACUCAGACAUGGAGCAGAACCCAAGGAUCUGCGAAAGGGCCCUGAGAAAUCAGAAACAGAUGGAGAAGGAAGCAGCUGGCUUGAUAUCUUAUUUGAAGGCCAAGAUUUUUCGGGCUCUGCAGGGAGACCUGAAUUACUCUAACUCUAUGGGCAAUGCAGAGAUGAAAGAGAAAGUGCUCCAGCUGAGACGAGACAUGCAGAUUGCAAACAACUAUGCUCGUGCUGCAAAGACUGGGAAAGGGCGACAUCGGAAGCAGCACACUCUACAAGAUAGAUUUAAUCAACUUCACCCCAAGGUUCCUGAACCUCCCAAGUUCACCAUGCCCAGGGUCUUUGGUCCUUUCCCAGAAGCCAUGAAUAAGCAGGUGGAGAGAACUACGACUUCAAGCCCUGAUCUAAAAUACUGGUGGACUGGUCUAACAACAGUGAGCCAGAAAAGACCUCCUGGAUACGCUCCCACACCUCAAUCUUCUGGCUCCACUGGCACUCAACCUGCAGCCUCUGUUUCUAAUACAUCUACAUCAUGCAAGUUUCAAGAUGAUACGGAAGAUGACACAGACAGUGAGAAACCUGGCCCCAGUUCCUCUGCUAAGGAGGCAUAAAUGUCUCUUCUUACACGGAAAAGACCUACAUGAAUAAACACUGUGCAAGUGCUCUGGUUGUGUGUGGAGACUCUGCUAUGCCUUGGCAAUGGUUCUGCAAAAGCUUUGGUUAGCAGACUGCUGUACUAUGCUAAAGAUGUAGUGACUUCUGUGAGCUUUCUUCACCACCAAAUAGUGGAUACCCAACCCACUGGAAAGUGAGAUCUCCAUUGAACGAGAGCAGGAUGCAGGUAGGGCUUCUGAACUUACCUUGCUUGGCUUCUAAACGAAACCAUUUCUCCUCUGACCCAUAAUAACCAAAUCUUGAAAUGCAUUAUGUAUCUUAAUUCCCUCCAUCUUCUGCAGAAACCGGGUGUAUCUGUACCCCUCAGAUUCUGUACUUUAUUUGCUCCUGCCUGGCAUGGAUUUGAACCAACAGCAAAGCAAAAAAGAACUUUGCAUGAUGUGGUCGGUUGUCCU